CUGGGGAGCUCAGAUGGAUUCGAAGAGUCCAUAUGUCCCCAACAGGCGAAUUUUCAGAUCAAAGAAUCCUUCCGAGGAAUCCUGGGCCAAUGAUGGCAAUAGACAAUAGAUGGACCGUUCGGCCUUCUCCAAGAAAUGCGAUAGGAACCAGGAACCGUUUCAAUUGACUUUGCUGAGCUUUGGCUACACCGAAAUUUAAACCACUCGGUGCUUAUAGAGAUCAUUUGAAUAAAUGGCCGACCAACUGGGAGCAUUGUGUCAUAUUCUUAUCAUAAUUGAUUGGACGAGGAAUACGCAAUUCAUUCUACUGGUAAUCCCUCGGCAUCAAUGUUGGGUAUUUCCUUGUCCCUGAUCUCUAAUCUGUACUCUGUACGGAAUACGGAGCAUGGAUACACUGUUCCUUGCAUUCACGCAAUCGCAGAACAUUUUUUGUUUGAUUCUGGCCAAGCACGAGACGUGGAAAGAAUCAAAGCUUUUUGUUGGAUAGGCUGGAUAGUCAUGCACAAACUGUGCAUCUGAAUGCCAGGAAGCCGAAAAAUGGUCAGCCAACUGACAAAAGACGAGGGACUGGGCUUCGCGACUCGCGACAGACCAGACCGGCGGAACCCAAAAAAAAAAAAGGCCGUUGAACUUUAUUAAAAAAAUAGUCAAGACACUUGUAGAAGCCAACCUUCCCCAGAUUGUUAAAUCCUCCGCCCUCUCAAGAAGCGAACGUUCGGAUAGAAAUUAAAUCCUGAUAAAAAUAAACAGGGCCAUGCUCCUGCAAUUUGAGACGGAGAUUAUUCCCACAUGGAUGGUGGGGGGUUUCGAGGACACAGAAAUAAAAAUAAAAUCCUACGAAAUAUCCCUGCUUCAGAAGCCUUUUCCUGAACUGCACUCACUCGGCGUGUUCUUGAGAUGCGUCGAAGUGAUCAGCAGCAGCGGCAUGCACGAUGCCAUUUUCGCUCCAGCGCUUCCAACUAGCUUCAAGGGAUAAAUGGACUAAUAAAAGGGCCAAAACCCCCUCAGGCAAAAUCCAGUCCUGAGCUAAGAAACGGGAAAUGGAAAGGCAUGAAAUCGAAAUCGACGGUGACAGCGGAUUGGCCCGCCAUACUGGUGUGUUUCAUGUUCGCUGGGAUUGACGCUUGGCCGAUGGGCCCUCGGGGGGCGCGCUACUGGGACAUAGACAGGACAGGUCGGCAACGGAAAAGUGACCUGGAUUCCAACAGCAUAAAAUUGCUCUGGAUAUUUCGUUAAAAUUCCCCAGAGGUCGAGCCUGCAGGUUGCAGUAGCGCAGCAGGGAUUGCGACUUGGCCCAAGCAGACAAGACAGAUUAGCCAAGGCAUUAUUUCAACAAGUCGCUGAGCGACAGUAAGUUACGGAGUAGAAGAAUUGCAAAGGGCAACUUCGGAAAGCAAGUAAAAGUUAUCAAUUGCUUCAACGUGGACAUAAAAAUACAACUUUUCCAUCAUCCCCAGGAGAACAAAUGCAGAUACACCAACUUGCUUCCAGGCAACAACGUCCCUGAUGAAGUUGGAAACCAUCCAGGCUUGAUGGAUAAGUUCCUUGUUUGCUCAUUAUCUGCUUUUUUUUUUUUUUUUUUUUUUUUUUUUUUUUUUUUUUUUCCUGGCGGUGGGUGUUCCUACUCGAGACUGAUGUCUCGAACAUCUAUAGCCCACCGAUCACUGAGCCCAUGACCUCGCUCUUGAGAUGAUGGUUGUCGUUUCUACUCCAUCCGAUUUUGCAAUAAUAAUACUGGCCACUGGCUACCACUCUCAGUAAGUGUCACGUACGUACCUACUUCACCCCUUUGCAGCAAAGCGCACAGGCAUGGAACAAGUGAUCAAGAGCGCACUUUUAUGCAUAGACGUGCAUGCACUUCCCUAGCUGCGUUUCACAUCUCUCUGCUCGAUGAUGUCGGUGGCUCAAUACAUUUCAUGAUCGAUAUGCGGACCGGGACGGGGAUACAAUAGAUCCAAAAAUAAAAAAUGUCACAAGCACCAAAAGAGGACACGGCCAAGAUUUCUUUUCGGAGAUCGAGAUCUUUGUCCGACCUCAUACACCCGAAAACCCAACUGCAGGGGCUGCGAAACACUUUGUUAUCUCCCUGGUCAAUGCUGGAUCUAUCAAUCAGGGCAAGGAAAUGCAGUGGGACGGACAUUGGCACGCAGCAAAUGGCCCAACCAAAAUGUGCCCAAUUUGCCCGUCUAGCCCUGAAGUCCCGCACAUACCGGGGGGGAAUUUCUCUCUCCAUCUCUCUCUUGCUUGGCCGAAAAUGGCUUGUGCGUUGCACAGCCGUUUUCCCACUUUCCCGCCGCUUUCCUUCUUAUCGCGGUCGGAGUUAGUUCAAUGUCCAGGCAUCCCGGCGCGGCGGGGAUACACCUCAUCCAACCUACCGCCGUUUGCUGUUACUGGGUGCUAUUUGUAUGUAUAUGUGUGUGCUUAGCGAUGGGAGCCUUGAUUUUGAUUUGAUUCCUGACCAAUCCCUCCAUUUGCCUAGAGAGGAAAUUGGGUGAGAGAAAUGGUAAUUUUGAUGCAUGAAGGGUGGGGUGGGGGAGUAUGAGAGGGAUUCAAAGGGAUAUUUAUUACGUCUGUAUAAAGUCCUGGUUAUCUGGCAGAUUGUAUGACUGGCUUGUGAGGUCUUUGAUAAAUAAGCCUUUUCACGUGCUCCGCGGGCGAUCAUUUAUGUAGACCCAUCGACAUCGACGGUGAACAAGAAUAUAGAUAGAUCCCCCCUCAUAAACAUUGCUACAGGCAACUACAGAAUAAUAGAAAGGACAGCAAAUAGAAAAUGAACCAAGUUGUAACAAUUGUAACAGCCUAUUAUUGUUUCAAUUCAAUUCAAUAUUAAGCUCUUCAUGUGUUCCCAUGCCGUUUUCGUCUUGUUGCAUGCAACCUUUGAUUCAGCUAGAAUGGCGCAAUUCAAUUCCGC